AGGCUGGCACCAAGUGCACAGUCCUCGCCAUCUCUCAAACAUCAUUUGCUACCUCGUCAUCUCAUCUAGUCAUCGCUGCGGCCGCCACGGCCGUAGCCUCACAGAAAAAUUUUGAAAGUGAUCCCAAAAAACUUCCCUUUCAAGGUUGCACUUGCGGAAGGGGAGCGGCUAAAUUUGAUCCUUGAAUCUCUUGAGAAGGAAUUCAAAGAAUCAGAGAAAUGGCAGGCGCGCUCCAAGGAGGACGACCUGCACACCUCGCCGUGUGUAGAAGUCCUCCUGGAACACUGCCAAACCUCAACGGCCUCCACAAAAUUCCCAACAUCCAGGAGGAGCCCCGCCUUCCUGCACUUCAUUGCAGAGAAGGCAGGCUACCUCUGCGACGAACGCAGGGACGCAAUCUAUGGGGCCAAAGGCUUCAUGAGCUGCGGUUUCCCAUCCAGUGGCCCGGUCUAUCGGUACUACGCCCCUUUCCCCUCUUUCUCUACUUACUUCGCGUCUGACAUAGUGCUGCACUCUAUGCCUCCCCUCACCUUCAACGCGCCUCCUCUCCAACUUGCCGCACCAACCUCACAGGUAUGGCGCGUGGGCUGGGGCCCGGGAGUUGUCGCAAGAUGAGGAGGAAGCAUGGAAACAAUGCCCCCGGUCCACCGAUGAAAUUGCCGAAAUCCUCAACCAUCGCCCACCACCUCGAACCGCCCCAUACGCCUUCGAAACGCCAGACGUGCUCGCAAGGGGGUACGAGGUCAUCGUGGCUUCCUCCGAACCUAAUGCCCCAAUCCUCUCGCCGAUCAGUGACCCCAUAGCGAAGCCUGACGGCUCGCUCUGGUCUGGUGGCAAGCGGCUGGAGAAAAUUGUUCCAAUCUUCUCCUUGGGGCAGAAGUUCAACGAAGCCCAAGGCACCUGGGACAAAAUCCGCUCCAUUGCCAACGAAAAACGUGACAAUGCAGCUGCCUCUGCGAUCUCGGAGCACCUCUCACUUCCCGGCCUGCCGGUGGUGGUGGGUGCCUUGCAGUAUUGCAUUGCCCCAGGAGCGCCCUCCCCUGCCCUCUACCUCAAAAAACAGCUCAAGCAGCAGACUGAGGUGGAAAGAACCAAGACCGUUCUCUGGCAGGACUGUGACAAAAUCACAGGCGGCUCGCCGCCCGUGGUCCCGUCACAAUCGGGCUUCAUACCAGUCGUCUCCAAGAUCGACCUAAAGGAUGCCUACUUCCAGCUCGCCAAUGACCUGGAACCUGGCACCUACGGCCUCUCCUUCUGGAACCCUACCACGGAAAAAGUCGAAUACUGCACAACUCCGUCUAUCACCUUCGGAAAUCUGCACUCGGUCUUUCACUUCUGUGGGAGUGUCAGUAGGCUCAUUGAAUCGGCAUGCCGCAACAUCUUUGGCAUCCCGGUCCUGGUCUACGUGGAUGAUAUCCUUAUCAUUACGAGGCCAGACCUUGCGCCUGUCAUCCACUCCUUUGUUAAAAAAUUCCUAGCAAGGCUGGGCUUCCUCCAGUCCGACCGCAAGGACAAGGUCGGGACACUUGAUGCCCCAACUGAAACGUUGGGCAUUGAUGUCACGAGCUACCUCGAAGGUGUUGUGUGCUCCAUGCCUCUCUCCAAAAUUUCCGAAGCACUAGAGCUGUGUGAUGAGGUUGUCGCCAAGCUCCGAUCUAAUACCAUCACGAUGAACGACAUCCAGCGCCUUACAGGAGUUGCCACGUGCCACAUGUACUGGCGGCACUACCUCCACUGCGGGCCAGCCAUGGCCUGGCUCUGGCAGUUCACAACGCCGAAAUUCUUUUUUCAAAUGAAAGCGUCAAAAGGUCUGCGCCAGUCCACCAUCAUCAUGGCUGGCCUCCUCUCCAACGCUAUCCGCAACGGCGGGUCCUCCGGGGCUCUUGCCCUCACUCCGCGUUCACUUCUCGGGGCAGGGAUCGAAAUCUACACAGAUGCAUCCCUGUCAGAUGAUAAAGUCCUCUGGAUGGGGGGCGUCUUGUUUGCACAUGACAUCCCGCACCCCAUCCAUUGGUCCCUCCGGUACACAAUGAAAAAGUCACCUGAUAAACUUCAUCCAGAGGGCCUCUGCAACCGGGUGAUCUACUUCUACGAGCUCCUUGCGAUAUACAUUGCCCUCACUCUUUUCAGGCCUUGGCUCUCCUUUCGGCGAGUAAUCGUGCACUGCGACAACCAAGGCGCUGCCUUUGCCUGCGUCAACGGGCACUCGUCGUGCCCACACGGAGCCGUAGUCACUCGUCAGAUAAUCUCCAUGAUCCACUCCGAAGGUGCUGUCAUGGCCCUUAAGUGGAUCAAGUCGAAGAGAAACCCAUCAGACGCCCUGACUCGCCCCGAGCUCUUCUCAGACUUCGCCCGAAUCACGGGCAGUCAGUGCAUGAGUACACUUGACGGACACCAGGACUGGAAGGACAAGGUAAACGUUGCGCACUACCAAAUUGCCGCAGAAAUUGCCGAGACUCUCGCAAAAACCAACCUGGUGGAUCCCCGCGAUCAUGCUUGCGAACGUGCGGGCGCGGAAUCUCGCAAGAGAUCCCGCAAGCAGGCUGGCCUUUGAAAAAGAGCUCGCCAUCUGGCCCAUUGAACUCUCCUUCUGUGCGUCCACAAUGGCGAAUAGAAGGAGUCAAUGGUCCGCGUGGGUGUCCUGGUUCAACAAGCGAUACCCUACUCGACAACUCAUCAUCCCAGACGGGUGCGUCGACCCGUCAAAAAUGUUCUUUCCCUCAGUCACCUGCUGCGGUGAGGUGUUUGAAUUUGGGAAGCACUUGAUCGAGUUCGAGCUCUCUAAGUCAUAUCACUUGUACAUCGGCACAGUCAUCCACCGAAUGAUGGCCCUUAACAAGCUUGACUUUGGCUCCCCCUUUGCGGAAGAAAGCAAAAGGACCAUGUAUCGUGCGUUGAACCGCCUCCGGGAUGAAUUUCUCCGCAAGAAAGCCAUCCCGGUCCAGCAUGAUCGUAUUCGUGCGAUGAAUCCCCAAGACAGGGCUCUCGCGCGCGUAUGGGUCGCUGGCGCCCUCCGGCUCUCCUCCAUGGCCUCCCUCUCUCGGGACCUGUUGCACACGUCGGGGACUGACCCUAACUGGUCUUUCCUCUACGUGCCUGCAAUCAAGUCUAACACCUCCGACGACAUGUUUGGCACAUACAUCCCGACGAGGUUGAUAGGCCCAGAAACCUUUAACAAUCAAGAGCCUCGUCUUCGAAAGCUUGCCAAAGCUGCCAAUACUACCCCACACGGCUUCCGCCGAGGGGCAGCCAUGGCCCUGCGGCUCCAGCUUGUGAAACAUGGUUUCUUUGAUGUCAAAGAUAUCCCGCAGCACGUUUGCGACCGCAUAUCCGACCACUUCGGUUGGAGCCGGCGCAGCAUGGGCGCCAUGUUCCAAAUAUGGCCCGCCAAAUACACGCCUCCAAAAGUGAGCCCCCCUCCCGGCCUCUCCUACAAAACAGGGCCGUGAAGGGGGGCACUCAACGGAGUCGUGCCCUCCCCUCUCUUCUAAUCUUGAACUACACGAAAGACUGGCACGUCUAUACCGGCUUCACCCUGUUCUUCCCGAGGGAGAGUAUGGUGUAUCUUACAGACGGGGCCUGCGAUCAGGCAUCCACUGAUGACAGCUGGUCUUUCUAGAAUUCCCGACAAAAGUCCAGAAAGACCUCCCCAGGUAAUAUAUCUGCACUAAACUGGCGCGCACUUGUCUGCUCAUAUCGAUCAAGUAAUCCCUCGCCGAAGGGCGCCCCUCGUAACCCUCUGGUGUCUCGGGCAAGCUCUACAAGGGCCGAGAGAACACGCCUUGUCAUGCACCCGAAAUCCGGCGCAGGAACGGUAAGGGGGCAUGCCCGAUGUUAGGGGGCGGCUUGGUUCCUCAAACUUGCUACGAGCCUCUGCCUGAGCUCUCCGGUACACGGGGGGCCCCCUCCCUUCUCGGCUCGAGGGCCGCCGCAUGCCACCCCCCCGGCGAAGGGAAAGCCCCCAACCUGAGUGCCACGCACGGAGUGCUGUGGGCCCUAUUCCGACGUAAGUGCGGUAAAGCCCAUGGCUGAGCACCAUGAUGCAACACCAGCUCUCGAGCUCGCUCACUCAGGGAAGGAGCUCCCUCCGCAGGGUCAGGGUACGGAAGCGCGUAGCUGCUUCCUCGUCAUCAGGAUUCACGGACAGCCCAUCCAGCCUCGAAAUCCGUCUCCAAGCGGUAAGAAGCUGAGUGGGCAGCCCGUUCUAGAUCUCAAUGACCUCAAGCACGGUUACUUAUCAAGCAGACUGGUGCGUAUGACUCCCGUAAUGGAUCCCUAAAAGAAAUUACUCUCUCCCUACUGUUUCCGUAUCAGUCGCAUCUUCAUCAUGACUCUUCCAGUUGGUAUCAUCCCUCUUUGUGACGUAUAUGCUACAAUUGGCUUACAUCCUCCCAACACCCCCUUUCUCUAAUAAUCCUGCCUGACGACGCUGGCCUCCGCCUUCACAGCAGCACGAGACGCCCGAUCGCUCUUAGACCCUCGGUGGCUGUGUCCUGAGUCGCGUACCCCUGCGAGUUGAACCUUUGGUCGAACCGCAGCAAUGCCUAGCAGUCUUCCGCAUGGCGUGGCCACUCAUGGUUACUGCAGAUGCAUCUAGUGCUGGCAAGGGAUCCUCAUUGCCAAGAUGUGCAGUGCCUAGAGCCCCGAGAGCUCUGGCACAGAACGAAGUCAUGCGCACUGUAGACCUGUCGGGGUGUCAUUACAUGACUCAAGGUUGGGAAUUCAAGCUACAUUGUUGUGACCAUGAGCCCCAUAGGCUAAAACUCAGCAACACCUCGCUCACCACGCAUCCAACCCCUGAGCUAUCUGCUGUCUCCUAAAAAGCUCAUUAGUUGGAACGUCGGUGAGCUGCCAAAGCAGCAAUUGUCC